UUGAACCUUAAGAAGAAGAAAAAGUCCAGGGGGGCCCAGGGGAGACAAAACAUAAGAAGGAAAAGUAAGAGAAGAAGUUGUUAUUGUGCCUUCUAAUCAAGAUGUCUCAGGACCCGGCCUUCAUGGAGGCCAUCAACAAACACAUGAGGGUCCCCGAGCGGCUGAGCGUGGGCUCGGGGCAGCAGUGGAGGAGAGGGGAGGAGGAGGAGGAGACCACCAGGAGGGAGGAGCACGUUCCUCCUGCUUUUACCAUGCAGGUCCCUGAUAGGCUGACAUACACAGAAGCCCCCGAUAUGAGCCCCACUCCUCUGUUUACCCCGUCCAAACUGACCCUCUGUGGACCCCAGAGUCUGGACCCCUGUUGGGAGAGUCCGUCAGGAGAGGUCUUCAUCAGAGAGCAACAGCAGAGCCCCAUUCGGAGAUCUUACAGUGAUCAAAGUUUUGGAAGGACACCCCCUGGCACACCGACAAAGCUCAAACAGACUCUGGCCAGACACCCAUCCAGUCUACGAGGUUCAGGACGUCCCCUCCUCCAGAGAUCUUCUCCCUCUGCCCACACCAGUGACCCUCAGGCCCAGCACCCGCCCUCCAGUCCCUACAGCCUCUCAUCUCCUCAGUCCUUUCUGCAGACAGCCAGGGCACUGGGCCUGCAGGCCUCACAGCGCCUCCUGCAGGCAGUCACCCAGAAAUACAGGUUGAAAAGCGAAGGGAAGCCCCCAGCUGCCAGGUUCAUGGCCGAGGUUCCUGCUGCAGCACAGGUGGAGCUCAGCAAGAGAAGGGUGAUGAUGGAGAGCUGGAGCCCCGAGGAGGAUGGAGGAGCUGCAGUUGAGUUCAUCAUCCUCAGGAGACAGGUGAUGAAGAUGAGCCGUCGGCUGGCGUCUCUGGAGCGUCACAGCACGGAGCGGAGGAACACUGAGGUGGUUUUGUUCUCUCUGCUGCUGUCAGCCUGCAUGCUGAACGUGUGGCUGUGGAUCCGCAGAUAGCACACACUGAACAACACACACACACACACACAGCGAAUGUCACAAACACACCUUAAACACUCUGUGUGACACAAAGACACAAACACUACAGAACGAUUGAUGUAGAAACAGGAAAUAGUCCAGAAUGCACUGCAGCUGCUGUCCACCCCACAGGUGAAUAUUUGAGUGACUGCAUGUUGAUGGUUAAGGUCACCUGUCAGCUACAUGAUGAUGCUCUGUGACACGUGCAGGUGUUUCAACCUGAAUACUACAGCGGGAUGAUGAUGUGAUGCAGUGUAAUGAUCUGUGUUAGGAAUGUUUGUCAUUUUAAUCUUAGAAACUAAAGAUCUAUCACAUGAAACUAUGAGCACCAGUGAAUACAAACCUAACACUGUUUGAAGUCUGAUUGUUACAUUUGUUAUUUUAGACUUUUCUUGAAGCUGUGCCGAUAUUCUCUGAAGCAGCAUUUAUGUAAAUGUCUCUAUUAAUGUCUUUAUAUUUAAUAAAGUAGAGUUUAUAUUUGAAA